AUGGACGAGCUCGUUCAGCGAUCGAUUCAGGCUUCAGAAGCCAAGAAGCGUACCGCUGUGCCAUGGGAAUAUGACAAGCCGUGGAAGCAGCCCUGCUACGCCUACUCAUCCUCAGAACGGAAAUGGAACGCCUCCGGACCAGACAACAGUACUUCUUCUGCUCAUAUCGACAACUCGACGACGAGAUCGAUAACACUACUAAGUCACAACAUCGAUUUUAUGUUGCCUUUCGCCGACUCUCGCAUGAACGCAGCCGUCCGCCACCUCGAGACCCUCAUCUCCGCCCUCGACCGAAGCACCGCCAGUGUGAUCUUCCUCCAAGAAUGCGUCGCCUCCGACCUGACCCUCCUGGCAAACGACACCUGGGUCCAGCAGAACUUCACCCUGACCGACACCGGCACAGAGAACUGGCAGAGCGGACACUACGGAACCGUGACGCUGAUCGACAACCGCUUGCCGCUCGCUUCCUGCUUCCGCAUACACUUCUCCCAGACCAAUAUGCAGCGAGACGGGCUAUUCGUGAAUGUGCUGCUCCAGCAGAAGACCGUGCGGCUGUGCAACACGCAUCUCGAGAGUCUGGCGUUCGAACCAGCGAUGAGACCGCCGCAGAUGAAGUUGUUGGCGCAGUAUAUGAAAGAUGCUGCUGUGGACGGCGCUGCUGUUGCCGGGGACUUCAACGCCAUCCAGGACUUCGACCGCACGCUGCAUAGAGAGAAUGGUCUGAAGGAUGCGUAUCUUGAGCUCGGUGGCGACGAAGAUGAUGCUGAAGGCGGGCAUACAUGGGGCCAGCAGGCGUCGACGACGAAUCGGGAGCGCUUCGGUACCAGUCGCAUGGACAAGGUGUUUUACUGCGGUAGUUUGCGCUGCAGCAAGUUCGAACGCUUCGGCGCUGGUCUCGAGGUGCAGGAUGAAGGCGAACGAAAGCGGAUAAUUGAUCUCGGCUUCGAAAAGCCAUGGAUCACAGACCACCUCGGUGUUAUGGCCGUCUUGAAGGUGGAACAGACCCAGCCGUAA